AUGUCUCAUCGGGAUAUCUCUGAGGUGGAGCCCGAAGGUACGUCGGCCUUGGCUGCUGGAUCAAGAGCUCUAUUUCUAGAGACAGUACGAAAAAGUAAUACAGCCUGUCAAAAUGGGGAUUACGCACUGGCAGCAACAUUAUACACUGAAGCACUUGCUUUGGAUCCACUUAGUCAUGUACUAUAUUCGAAUAGAUCUGCGGCACGUCUUAAAAUGGGUUUAUUUGCAUUAGCAUUACAGGAUGCUGUACGUGCUACAGAACUUGUUUCUCAAUGGCCAAAGGCUUAUUAUCGUCAAGGAGUUGCAUUACAAUGUUUAGGACGUCACGGCGAAGCUCUUGUGGCUUUUGCCACUGGUCUUGCUCGAGAUCCAUCCAAUUCCCAACUAUUAUCUGGACUGGUAGAAGCUUCACUGAAAUCUCCACUGCGUUCAACACUGGAGCCUACAUUCCAGCAACUAAGAGCUAUGAAGCUUGAUGAAUCUCCCUUCGUAGUAAUUUCAGUUGUUGGACAAGAGCUUCUUGGUGCUGGACAGUACAAAGCUGCAGCUGGAGUGCUAGAAGCAGCUCUUGCGAUCGGGACAUGUAGUUUAAAAUUACGUGGUUCCGUAUUCUCAGCACUGUCUAGUGCUUACUGGGCGCUUAAUUCGCUCGACAAAGCUAUAAAUUAUAUGCAGCAAGAUUUAGGAGUAGCAAGAUCGCUUGGCGACACCCAAGGUGAAUGUCGAGCCCACGGUAAUUUAGGAUCAGCUUAUUUCAGUAAAGGAACGUACAAAGAAGCUCUUACAGCACAUAGAUAUCAAUUAGUCCUGGCGAUGAAAUGUAAGGACGCACAAGCAGCAGCAUCUGCUUUGACAAGUCUUGGGCAUGUUUACACUGCAAUCGGGGACUUGCCUAAUGCUUUGGCGUCACACAAACAAUGUGUUCAAUUAGUUAAACAGAUGGGAGAUCGUCUCCAAGAAGCCAGAGAGAUAGGUAAUGUUGGAGCUGUUUAUUUGGCGAUGGGAGAGUUUGAGAGUGCUGUUGAUUGUCAUACUCAACAUUUGAGAAUAGCAAGACGACUUGGAGAUCGUGUUGAAGAAGCUCGGGCUUUCAGUAACCUUGGAUCUUCUCAUCAUUAUCGUCGUAAUUUUGGACAGGCUAUGACCUACCAUGAAAAUGUACUAAAAAUAGCCCAAGAACUUGGCGAUAAAGCCAUUGAAACGCGAGCGUAUGCUGGACUAGGUCAUGCAGCACGAUGUGCAGGUGAUUUGGCACAAGCAAAGCUCUGGCAUCAGCGUCAACUGGAUGUUGCUUUGACGACAAAAGAUAAGGUUGCUGAAGGUCGUGCCUGCUCUAAUUUAGGAAUUGUUUAUCAACUUUUAGGAGAUCAUGACGCGGCAUUAAAAUUACAUCAAGCGCAUUUAGGAAUAGCUCGAUCACUUGGUGAUAAAGCGGGAAUGGGACGGGCUUAUGGGAAUAUUGGUAAUGCAUACAAUGCUUUAGGUUACUAUGAACAAGCAAUCAAGUACCAUAAGCAAGAAUUGACAAUAAGUAAAGAAGUUAAUGACCGCAGUUCCGAGGCAAGUACUCAUGGAAAUUUAGCAGUUGCUUAUCAAGCUGUACAAGGACAUGAAACUGCAUUGAGACAUUAUAGAGCUCAUCUGGUGAUAGCCAGAGAACUAAAAGAUGCUGCUGGUGAAGCGUGUGCUCUUUUAAAUUUAGCCAAUUGUUUAUCAUCAAGAGGAAGAUUUGAAGAAGCGGUACCUUAUUAUGAAAAUUAUCUUAUGCUUUCCCAAGAGCUUCAUGAUGUUGAAGGGGAAGCCAAAGCGUGUCAUUUUUUGGGCUACGCACAUUAUUGCCUAGGUAAUCAUCGAGAAGCAGUUAGAUAUUAUGAUCAAGAUUUAGCGUUAGCUAAAGAUUUACAAGAUAAAUCGGGUAUGGGACGAGCAUACUGUAAUCUUGGUCUUGCUCAUCUUGCACUUGGAAAUUUAGAUACUGCGCUCGAGUGUCAAAAAUAUUAUUUAGCAAUAGCUCAUAUGAUGAAACAUCUCUCAGGAAAAUUUCGAGCUUUGGGUAAUAUGGGUGAUUGUCUUUUAAGACUCGGUGAGACUGAAGAAGCCAUUAAAAUUCAUCAACGUCAGUUGAAUUUAGCCCGUCAAGCGGCUGAUAGAAGUUUAGAGGCUGCUGCCUAUGGAGCACUUGGAAUUGCUCAUCGCGCUACAAGAAACUUUGACAAAGCACUGGGAUUUCAUACCCAAGAACUUACCUUACGUCAAGAGUCUAGUGAUCUUAGAGGUGAAUGUAGAGCACAUGGAAAUCUCGGUGCAGUUCAUAUGGCUUUGGGUCAGUAUACUCAUGCUCUUAAGUGCUAUCAAGAACAAUUAGAUCGUGCGAGAGAGCUAGUGGAUUCUGGAAUUGAAGCUCAAGCGCUAGGAAAUUUAGGAAUCGCAAGAUUAAAUAUGGCAUAUUAUGAAGAUGCUAUAGGAUAUUUCGAGCAGCAGUUAGCAACUUUAGAACCCUUGACAACUGGAACAGCAUUGCUUGAUAAAGCAAGAGCAUUGGGAAAUCUCGGAGAUUGUUAUGAAGCUCUAGGUGACCCUGAAGAAGCUGUCAAGUGUCAUGAACAGCAAUUAGCAGCUGCUAUACGAUUACGAAGUAUAAUAGACCAAGAGAAAGCAUAUCGGGGGCUUGGAAGGGCGCGUGAAGCUUCGGGUAAUCUUCAAGAGGCACUAGUGUGUUUCGAGAAAAGACUUGUAGCUGCUCAUGAAGUCGAAAGCCCAGAAGCAAGAGGAUCAGCUUAUGGUGAUUUAGGACGAGUUCAUGCUGCGUUAGGAAAUCACGAACAAGCUGUCAGUUGCUUGUCACAUCAACUGGCUUUAGCACGAGGUCUAGGUGAUAAAGUAGCAGAAGCAGAAGCUGCAAGUGGUUUAGGUGUCGUUCAUCUUUUAAUGGAUGAUCCAGAUUCUGCAUUUAGGCAUCAUCAAUUAGAGUUGUCUUUGGCCGAAGAUCUAGAUGCUGCUGGACUACAAGCCCGUGCCUGUGCUAAUCUUGGUGCAACACAAGAAGCUCUUGGUCAAUAUGAAGAGGCAAUAAAAUUGCAAGAACAGUCGUUAAGUUUAGCAGCAGCAGCUGGUGAUCAAGCAGCACGAGCUAUUGCAUUUUCUAGUCUUGGAAGGCUACAUCAUCUCUGUGGUGACUUUCCUCGCGCUUUGAGUUAUCUUCAAUCAGGCCUUUCACUGUCUGAAGGUCUUGGAAGGCGUGAAGAAGUUGCAAGGCUGCAUCAUCGACUUGGUCUUGUUCAUUGGCAAACCGGAGAAGCUUCUAUUGCUGUUGAACAACUCGAGAAAGCUGCUAAUUUAUUAGAAUCACUCGAUGGUUCAUCUAGUAUUUUAACAAAUCAGACGAAAAAAUCUGAUUUACUUGUCGAAAUUUAUGGAAUGCUGCAAAAAGUAUUAGUAAGUUUGAACCGUGCUGAAGAAGCGCUAAAUUGGGCUGAAAGAUCUCGAAGAUCAAAGAGUAUUAAUCUUGAAGAUGUUACUCAUUACUCAGAAAUUAUCGACCGGCAAAGAGGAAUCGUUUUAUAUUACAGUGAGGUUGAAAAUGAAUUACAUGUCUGGUGCUUAGCGCCGAGUCGUGGAUUGCUGAGGUUCCAUUCAACAACCAUGCCUAAUGGAAUAACUCUUGAGCAACAAGUAAAUCAAGCACGAGAAGCAUUACUCGGUGAAUCGCCAGAUUUAAUUGACGAGAGUUCUAAAAUGCCGUUGAGAGGAAACAGAUUUAAUGCUAGUUCCUAUAGUUUAAGUAGUCUCUUUAGUGUUGGUUCUGCAAGUUCUCGAGCUGGAAGCGCGCGAUGGGGUCGUGGAUCCAAAGAUCCUGCUUGGCAGACACCUGUUUCAAUUCAAUCACUUUACGAUAUUCUUCUAGCGCCAUUUGAAGAUUUACUUCCUCCAGUGAGAAAAGAACUAGUUUUAGUUGUUGAGAAAUCUCUUUACCUCGCACCUCUUCCGGCUUUACAAGCAGCCUCUGGUGAAGAUUAUCUCUGUGAAAGAUUUUCUUUGUUGGUGGUACCAUCUCUAGCGGCUUUGAAGAAAAGGUCCCGUACGCCGAUGCCAGAGGGUGGCGCUACAGUUGCAGCUCUUGUUGUUGGUAAUCCAGUACUUCCUGAAGAAUUACGAGAUGAACACGGAUGGCCUGAGACUGUUGCCUCCGCAGAAAGUGAAGCUGGAAUCGUUGCUGAGAUUUUGGAGUCACGUCCACUAACAGGCAUUGAAGCUUCAAGAUCUGCAGUACUAAGAUCUCUUCCCGAUGCAGAAUGUAUUCAUCUCACCAUACCAAUUUUAUGGAACUCAGCUAGCUUAGCAUUUACACCCGAUCAAAAUGAAGAAAAUACACAGCGUCCUGAAUUUUUGGUAUCUCCAGCAGAAAUAAUGAGACAGAAAUUAACUGCUCGUUUAGUUGUAUUAUCUUCAGGACACUGUUGGAACAAUGAUGAAAGUUCAACCAAAAUAACUACCGAUGGCAUUGAAGCAAUAGCAAAGAGCCUUUUAAAUGCCGGCGCACAGUGUGUUCUCAUUGCAAUGUGGCCUGUACCUUCAACGGCUGGAAGUAUUUUACUACGAGCGUUUUACAGUGCAAUGUUACAAGGCGCUCGUGCGUCGAGAGCUUUAGCAGAAGCCAUGCAAACCGUCCAACACACAAGACACUUUGCACACCCGCUUAAUUGGGCUGGAUGGCUGUUACUUGGCGGAGACGCUAGACUUUCCAACAAAGUUGCAUUAAUGGGGCAAGCUCUGGCAGAGUUACUGCGCAGUGGACCAGAAAUGAGUCGAGAUGCAUUACGCGUGACAUUACAUUUAGUAGAGAAAUCUCUUCAACGUAUUCACCGCGGUCAGAAAAAUGCUAUGUACACAACUCAACGUAGUAUUGAAAACAAAGUUGGUACGGCAACUGGUUGGAAAGAAUUGUUAAUGUCUGUUGGAUUCCGUUUUGAACCAGCAGGUAAUGGUAUUCCUUCGUCAGUAUUUUUCCCUCAAAGUGAUCCAGAAGAAAGAUUGACUAGAUGUAGUGCUAGUUUACAAGCAUUGUUAGGAUUGGGACCAGCUUCUUUGCAUGCUCUUGUUCGUUUAUUACAGGUACCAGAAGCAGCUGAAGAUGUUAUUUCUGCAAUGCGAAAAGCCAGUUGCGCGACUGAAGGUCAAGAAGUGUCGUUGCCAGUUAAAGUUUGGCGAGCAUCGGGUUCCCAUGAGCUAUUUGCUAGCUUAGGAUUCGAUUUAAUGGAAGUUGGACAAUCUGAAGUUACACUUAGAAGUAGUAAACAAGCAUCUCGGAGGGCAGUUCAAUUUGCUUUACAAGCGUUAUUAGCAUUAUUUGAUACUCAAGAAGCUCCCAAAAGCUUGAGCUUAGACUCAGGCAGUUCAAUGGAAAGUCUUGUUUCUGUUUCACAACCGGAGAAAAAUAGUCUUCUCGAGCGGCCGAGACUUGGUGGAGCAUUUGCAAGUUACGUCAGACAUCGAGGCGAGCCUGAUGGUAAAACUAAUGAAGCACCCAAUGCUUCUAUUCCACGGCAGACGUAUCCAAAUGAAGGAGGUGAAUCUGAUGUUGCGUUUACUCCAAGUCCGCCAGUUGCUCUGACAUUGAAUCAUCAAACUCGUAUUAGAAAUUUGUAUCAAGAACAAACAGUACGACCUGACUCCAGUUCUAGCAGUUCAGUAACAGACUGGGAAAAUGGUCAUAAUACGAUAUUAAGACGACAACCGGUACCACCCUUACCACCAGCAGUCCUCGAUAGACUAAGUGUCCGUACUGAAAUAGGAUCGAUUGCGUCAAGAAAAUUACGAAUGCCGACAACUAAUAAUACUAACGAAGAAAUUAAUCAUCAACCUGAGACACCACAAACUAAUGAAAGUAUUCCACACAAUAUGAGGAAUUUAGCAACUUCAUUGACGAGCUUAACUCGGGAAUUGACACCGACAAUGUCUGAAGUUUAUCACGAGAGAAAUAUUGGAUUGGGACUGGCACCAUCUCUAUCAAAACUUCUUGAAGAAGUUGGUAAUGUUACUGAAAGUGAACAACGUCAACUUUCAAGAUCCGAACAAAGUCAAACACAAAAUUGGUUACAAAACGAACCAGAACUUUGUCGGAGAGAUGAAGCAGAUGGCAGAUCUAUUGCGGAAUCACAAUGUAGUGCAACUAGUUUUAACAAAAUACACAGAAAAGCACCACCUCCUCCUGUAAACGGAUAA